CGAUGCUUCACGUCACCCCCACCAUUCACUGCAAUGACCGAGGAUCACGCGUCGCGCGAUGUUUGCAACCAGAGGCUGAACGCCAACUCACGGGACGCGAUUGAAGGCCCCGAUAUCUCCCGCUCAAGGCUGCAUUGCACCACACGCAGCGCCCGCCAUGGCUAACCAGGACCUUCACAUGCUAUCGUCGUCGUCGUCGACGUCUCACAGACUGCCCACCGUCUCGGCCUCUCAGGCCCUCCAGUCGCUCCACGCGAAAGGCGCCCGCAGCGUCUCUACCGGCCUCUCGCAGCUCAACAGAAUACUUGCGCCCUCAGGCCUUCCAGGCCGCAGCGCCUCGGGAGGGUACAUGCGCGGAAAGGUCACCGAGGUCUUCGGGCCGCCUGGCGUCGGGAAGACAGCGUUUGGCAUUCAGGCCGCUGCAAAUGCAUUGCGUGAUGGCCACCGCGUCGUCUGGGUUGACGCAGCAUGUGCGCCCUUGGUCCCUCAGCGCUUCAACGACGUCCUGUUCGCAGUCAGAGACCAGCUCCCUCCAGGAUCUGCAAUGAGUGCGGCCUCACCGCCAGAAGUACCUCGAGAUGAACUGCAAAACCACUUCCAUCACUUUACAGCGUCCACGCUGGUGCACCUGCUGGCUUUAUUCGUGCACCCGCCCUCUUCAUUUCCGCCACCAAACACAAGCCUCAUCGUUAUCGACUCGCUCUCGACCCUAUUCGAUAAUGCAUACCCCCGCAAUGCCGACGAUCGAGCAUCGAGGAACAGGACUGAUGCGACGCGCUGGGCUGCGGGACGCAAAUUUGCAGUAAUGAACGAGCUCAUCUCGACGCUCACUAAGACCGCUGCGCUGCACGACAUCGCACUGCUCAUAACAAACCAGACCAUCACUCGGAUUCGGUCCGGUUCUCGGGCUCUAUUGGUUCCGGCAAUAUCAGGCACAGAAUGGGACAAUGGCAUCUCCACCCGCUUGGUUUUGUUUAGGGACUGGGUUCCGGGGCAAGGGAAGUGGAGUGAUGCCAACGCUGAUAGAUUACAAGAAGCCCGGUUUGUCGGUGCCGUAAAGACUAAUGGCGCGACUCUGGCCAACGAAGGUGGAGUGGGAAACGUGGUCCCAUUUACUGUCGACUGCGUAAGCCUUCGCGACCUGAACGUCGCUGCAGUCGAUAUUGCACCGGCCCCCGUUUCUUCACAAGCGAGGCCGCCGAAAAGACGCUUCGCGGAGAUCGACGAUGACGAGGGUGGAGAGCCUGAUUCUGAUGAACUAUACGGCUGGGUUGAGGAUGAUGAAGUCGCCGCGGAGGGACUGCUAAUUGAAGAAGCGCCAAUCACUUCGGACGUUGACACUGCAGAAUCUGGUGCUUCGCCUCUCGCAGAAUCUCAAGCAGAACAUGUUGCAGAACAACAAGGCAAGAAGGUGACACGACCGGCGACUCUUUGA